CCGUCGCGUGUGUAUCCUGAGGGUGACCUUCCCGGUUAUCCGGUACUCCUGUGGCUGCGGGCUGGAGUCGGUCUGGUCCGGCACCCCAGAGACCCUGAUAGGUUCCAUCCUCCGGUGUUUCCCCUCCUGUUCACCCGCCCGCACCUCAGUGACGGGCUCCUGUGCACUCCCCUCAGGAAGCCCAGGGCACAAGUGAUGGCAGCCUUGUUUCCAUCUGCCGCAUUCCAGGCCCAGGUGACCUUCGAGGACGUGGCCGUGCUGCUUUCUCAAGAUGAGUGGGGGUAUCUGGACCAUGCUCAGAGGGGCCUCUACAGAGAUGUAAUGCUGGAGACCUACAGGAACCUGGUCUCUCUUGGAGCAGGAUCUGCAGGUCCCAAGCCUGGGGUGAUCUUGCAGCUGGAGCGAGGGGAUGAGCCAUGGGUCCUGAACACGAAGGAAGCUGAGGGGAGAAGGCAUCUGAGAGUCAGCAGCUCAGCUCGUGGAACCAGGACUGAACACACAGAGUUGGCUUCAAAGGAGACAUUUGGUGGGCAAGAACUUCAUCAGCCCAAGGGGACUGUUCAUCAGGAAAUGGAGCCAGAAGACUGUGACUUUGCCAAGGAGCCAGAGAGGACCUUUGACAAGCUAGUGUGGCAGACAGGCCCUAGCCCAAGUAUACUGACCAGUGAGGAGAGCAGCCAGAACACUGGGGGAAGUCUCAGAUUGGGGUUAGGCCUUUUCCCCAAUCAGAGACCUCACAAAUGUGAUACAUGUGAGCAAAGUUUUGAGCAGAGAUCGUAUCUUAACAACCAUAAGCGUGUGCACAGGUCAAAAAAAACAAAUACCAUUCAUGAUCCUGGGGAGUUCUUUAAGGCAACCUUAGUUGUUAGGGAAGAUCAAACACUUCCUACUGGGAAAAGAUUGCAUUAUUGUGGCCACUGUGGGAAGACAUUCAGGUAUAGUGCUAACCUCAUCAAGCAUCAGCGGCUUCACAGUGAAGAGAAGCCCUACAAGUGUGGUGAAUGUGGGAAAGCCUUCAGCCAGAGCUGCGAGUUCAUCAACCACCGGAGGAUGCACUCUGGUGAGAUUCCCUACAGGUGUGGGGAGUGUGGCAAGACAUUCAAUCAGAGGCCCAACCUCAUGAAGCAUCAAAGGAUUCACACUGGAGAAAAACCCUAUAAGUGUGCUGAGUGUGGUAAACACUUUAGUGCCUACUCUUCUCUCAUUUAUCACCAGAGAAUACACACUGGAGAGAAACCCUACAAAUGUAAUGACUGUGGAAAAGCCUUCAGUGAUGGUUCUAUCCUUAUUCGACAUCGACGGACUCACACUGGAGAGAAGCCAUUUGAGUGUAAAGAAUGUGGCAAAGGCUUUACCCAGAGUUCCAACCUUAUCCAACAUCAGAGAAUUCACACUGGAGAAAAACCCUACAAAUGUAAUGAAUGUGAGAAAGCCUUCAUCCAGAAAACCAAACUUGUUGAACACCAGAGAAGCCACACUGGAGAAAAGCCCUACGAGUGUCAUGACUGUGGCAAAGUCUUCAGCCAAAGUACACACCUCAUCCAGCACCAGCGGAUCCACACGGGAGAGAAGCCCUACAAGUGCAGUGAGUGUGGGAAGGCCUUCCACAACAGCUCUAGGCUUAUUCACCAUCAGCGCUCACAUCAUGGAGAAAAGCCCUACAAAUGUAAUGAUUGCAAGAAAGCCUUCAGCCAGAGUACUUAUCUGGUUCAACACCGGAGGAUCCACACUGGAGAGAAGCCCUACAAGUGCAGUGAGUGUGGGAAGGCCUUUCGACACAGUUCCAACAUGUGUCAGCACCAGAGGAUUCACCUUCGGAAAGACUUCUCACCAUGAGAGUGGAAGAGCAUCUGUGAGGGCAGAGUCCUGGUGUGCAUGUCCUCACGUGCCCUACGACUGUUGACCCUAUUUCCACAGGGUGAAGCAGUAUUUCCGUCUGAUUAAAGCAACCUCUUUUCUUAAACCAAAGGGAGUGCAUAUUUUUAAAGAAACAAAACUGCACCAAAAAGAGACUCCUGUAGUCUCCCCCACUUAGGAAAAGAGGAUUCAUGUUGCUGAUUUAGAACUUUUCCUUCCAGAAACACUGGAGAGCGUUUAGGAAGAAAACACUGCCAGUAGUGGUGUUAUCUGUAGUCCCUGCACUUGGGAGGCUAAGGCAGGAAGAUUGCUUGAAUUCAGAAGUUCAAGACCAGCCUGAAUGACACUGAGCUUUUGUGUCAAAGAAACAAAAAAGGAAAAGGAAAACUCUUAUUCAUGUCAUUGCAAUACCUAAUACCUUCACCUUUGCUAUUUCUUUAGUGCCAAAAAUUCCAUACAGAACUCCACACAUGGCUAUAUUUUUUUUUACAUAUUGUAAAUGAAAUUACUAUUAUGUCAUUCAUACUUUUCCAUGUCACUUAACAGAGUUGGUAUUGCUUUUUUUAUUGUGGUAAAAUACAUAUAUACAAUUUUUUCAUUUUACCUUUUUUUUUUUUGAG